GAGGAAGUGCUUCAGUGGAUUGCAUGCAAUGGGAUUGCGGGCUGUGUUCCCAGUGGUUUUUGUGUGCUGAGAAAAGGGCUAUUUCCCCUUGUCAGGAAGAAUUUCCUUGAGUUCGCAGUGUGAAAAGUGCGUGUUUUGUGACACAGAAGCGAUUCAGUGACUCCUGUUUUCGGCCAGGCUCGCCUGGCUUAAUCUGCAAAACCGCAGGACAAAUCAAUACGGUGUGUGUGAAAGCCAGUGUUGAGGAAUUUUCAUCAAUAUCGCAUUUUGGUGGGGUGAUUCGUGAGCAGAAGGACAGCGCGGAAAGGAUGGAAAAGGAAUCAACACAGUCACGAAUACCACGGAUAAAUGGCCUGUCUGCCAGAAGUGCGCUUCCGGUGAGCCUGGGCGGUGGCAAGAUACCAUCCAAGUUGGGCAAAUUCGCUCCGAAUCUGCUCAGAGGAGCGCCAGCGAGUCGCCUGCGGCCGGGAGUGCUCAAUCUUGCGCCCACAAUUGGCGGGCGGAGCCUCAAGACGACAUUUGAGGUGCCGAAAUCAUGCUCAAAUGAGAACAUCAACGCUAAAAGGACUCCAGCGCUCGCCAUGGAGGAGGAAUGCGAGAUGCUGGUGGAUGAGACGAUAAGUCUGGUGGGCAGUACAGAUCACUUGGCGCUGCAGGACGAUGAACUGGCCCUGGAUGCGACAAUCUCGAGGAAUCGAGGCAUUCUCACACCCGAAGACUGUGAUAAGCAAAUCUUUCACUCAACCUUCGACGUCAGCCACCACGCGAGGCAGAAUUCCACGCCGAGGAGUGAAGAGGCGCCUCAUCUCACCUUCAACAUGAGCAGUAUUGGGGAUCAGGGUGGUGAUAAUCCACUGCAACUCACGUACGAUGUCUGCAAUGCGACGAAGAGUCCGGCAGUGAGUGCGGAAAACCUUCUCGGAUUGUCUGUGACUGAGGGAAGACCCGCAAAUGACCAGAGAACUUUUACAAAGCUGACGAAUGUGACAAAUGCGCUUAUGCAGAGCCCAAAGGAUCCGGAUAAGACGCUUGUGGAUGCCAGUGACGAGCUUAAGGCGAAGCCACGCUUCUCCUUUGGCCUGGAUCUCACGGAUUGUACACUGGAUUGCUCCAUUGAGCUGUGUGACAUUUCGCUUGCUUCCUCGGGGAAGGCCACCAAGUCACCAGUGACGUCUUUGCAUAAGCAAAAUUCCUUCGAGAUGGACGAAAGUUUGGGUAUUUUGACGCCCGACCAGAUGAAGGAGUUUCUUGACUCGAACAAUCUUGAAUUGCCUCUGGCGCAAGUGAAUUCCCUGUCAGUUGAGCAUAAGCUGUCAAUGCACCAGUGCAGAGUGGAUCAGACGCCUUCGCCUGAGGAGCUGCCCCUUGAUCCGGUGGCCGUGAAAACGGAUACGGCAGAUGUGAUGGUGCAGCAGAGUCAACAGCAACCGCCGGGACAAUAUCAGGAGGUUUCACAGACAGAUUCAGAUCCGAAGACAGAUCAGAUGACCAAGUCUGUCGCCUCGAAGGUCUCGGUGAGUUUCAUCACCAGUGUGACGAGCAUUACGAGCCUGGACACGGGAUAUCAGGGCGAUGGUGAGAUGUCCAGACCGGCUAGCCGCGGGGCUGAUCACUCCCCGUCCAAUGGACCACGAGCAAAGGCUGCAGCGGCGCCCAACGUGCAGGCAUUCAACGCUCCUGUUCCGCGGAGGCAGGAUCCCAUGACGGAUUCGGACUUCUUCACCGAGAGCGAUGCUGACGACAUCUUCCAUCAUCAGCGCGGCGGCGACAGGAGGGCGCAAGUGAUCGAUGGCCAGCUGUAUGGGCCGUCCAUGCAAGCUGCCAAUGUGUACAUCAAUCAGCCUCAGCAGGGCGAUGAUUCUUGCAUGGAAUCCAGCGGAAUCUUCACGGAUGUGGACAACAGAGCAGAUGAGGAUUUCACUCAUCGCCUGGCUGAGAAUGACAUGUCUCCGGAUGGAUCCACAGACACUCUGCAGAGCAAUGGGAGCACAGAGUGUGGCAGCCAGAAGAAGGCGAGUGCCAGCCAAUCGCCGGCCUCCUUGACUCCUAGCCAGCCUUCGCAAGUCCUCCAGUCGUCGCCGGGCGUUCAGGCGGCCUCCGUGGACGUGACCACGGAUAAGGCGGCCGAUGAUGCAGUGGAAGCUAUCGCUGAGUGUCGUGGGCCACAGAAAUCGGCGAACCCGGGCGAUACGGCGACUGAUAAGAGCUCAAUCGCCAGUCAGCGAACAGUGAAGAAAGUGAGUCCCAAUAGAAAGCACGCCAAGAGUGAGGUGAGCACCGGUAAGACCAUCAAGCGCUCCAACACCACGGGCAGUCAGCGCAGUGCCCACGACAGUGACAUGGAGAAUCAGGAGAACAAGGUGCCGAAGAAGAUCAGGCCGCCUAACAAGUGGGACGGCGUGAUGAACAAGAUUGCCGAGGGAAAGACAACUGGGAAGACAAAGCUGAACAUCAGUGAAGUGAAGUCAAAAGUGCUUAGUGGACUGUCGCGAGGAUCGAGUAAGAUUUCGGCCACGGGCAGCAGCACAGAGCAGAAUUCGCCAAAGAGAUUGACAAUUGCUGCCAAGCGGGGACGGACUUACAGCAAAGACAGCCAGCAGAGUUCACAGAGUGACUUGAGUGUUUCCGGAGGUGGUUGUUCGCCGAAACUGCAACCCAAGUCUUCUAUCUUAUCACGUACUGCAAAAAAGCGCGAUGUUCGCACAAUCACAGCAUCACCCAGUGAUCUUGGACCACCAAAUAAGACAACGGGCAACAAUGCAAAUGCCAAGAAUGCCAGAGUCAACAACAAUGCACCACAGAAACGAUCACCACCGGUUGUGGCGCAACAGUCACAUCCUGCCGCGAUGCCUGACGCCGGGAAAGGAUCUCCGCCGGCAAAGCGAAUGGUCCAGAGGCGGCAGAUUACAGUGCAGCCACAGACUCAGGCCAAGUUACCUCUCAAAGAUCACAAUCGAUUGGCGGGAGUCGUUCCACUGGCCACAAAAACCGUCGCGGGCAGCGUAAAUCAGCAGAAAGUGGCCAAGCAGGCAUCGACUGGUGUCACGAAGAAUGGCUCAAUUGUGGCGCCGAUCGCUGAGAACGGCUUCGCCGGAAGUCACCAGACGCAGCUGCUGGCCAAGGCGCCCAGGAGCAAUGGUGUCUUGCCAGAGAGAGUGGCUCAGUGCCGAGAUCUCGCACACGCCAAUCGCGGUCUCGAGGCGCUGGGCGUUGUCAUCCAGUAUCUGGUGCACAGUCUGGAUGCCUUCUCCAUGCCAACGCUGAAGCAGAAUCACGAGAGAACGACGAGAAAAUUACUCGAGACGAGAUUGGCACUCGAUGAGACACGCACGAUGUGUCAGGAGCUGCAGACGAGGCUGGCGGAGCAGGAGUCACGCGAAGUUCAGCUGAGGAAUGAUCAUCUCAGUGAAAAGGAACAGAUGGAAACCCGCCUGAUGGAAAUGGAGACGCGCUUUCGCUCGUUCGUCGCCGAGUCGGAGGAUCGCUUGGCGCUGCGCGAGUCUGAGCUGAAGGAGUCCAAGUUGCGCGAGACGGAUCUCGUGCAGCGCCUGAGCGAGCUGGCGGCCACGGAGAAUGCGCUGCGGGACAAGGUGGUGGCCAGCGAGGAGGAGUUCGGCGAGAAGCUGCGCCUGGCGGCGAUGCGGGAGCGCGAACUGCAGGAGCGGAGUGUCCAGCUGCAGCGACAGGUGGACGAGACCAAAGCCAAAAAUGAGGCACGAGGGCGAGAGCUGGAGGAGAAGGUGAACCUGCUGCAGGACGAAGUGUCAGUGCUGCGGCACACGAGAGCCACCACCAAUGGACCCAUGUCGCCCACGCGCCAGCGGACCACGAGUUCCGGCAACACGCAGAUCCUGCAGGACGAGGUGGAGAGCCUGCGGUGCGUGCUGGAGCUGAAGCAGAGUGAAAUCUCGGAGCUGAGGAAGCACAAUCAGGAGCUGCAGCGCGCAUCCGAUGAGCUGUCCGGCACGAUGAUUAAGCUCUCAGCCUCCGAGAGUCGCGUUGAGGAUCUGCAGGUGCAACUCGAGGCGAAAGUCAAUGAGGAGAAGGAUCUGCUGGCGAAGAACAAGAUGCUGAGUGAAUCUUACAGUCACGAGCUGAAGAAUUGCAGCCGACUGGUGCUGCACAAUGAGGAGCUGCAGUGGAAGCUGAAGCAGAACAGUGAGAAGUUCGCGCGCACCAUUACUGAACUCUCCAAGAGUUAUCACGAGGGCUCCUCGUCCGUGCUCAACUCAUCGCGUCGCGAGUCAACACGCACGAACGGCGACGGCAGGCUGCUGGAGUGCUUCGAGAUGGAGGACGUGUCGCCGCCCACGUCACCUGUGAUGCGAGGCAUCGUGGAGAAGUCGGACUCUGUGUCUUGGGUGCUGGAGAUGGAGGAUGAAUCUGCGGAGGCGCUGGCUUCGCGCGUGGUCAGGCGCGCUGGGUCCUUCCGGGCGCCGUCCGUGGAGAAGGCGGUGAAGCGGCCCAAGUGUGCGGCGGCACUCAGUCAGUCUGCCAGCGCAGCAUCGAUUCUCCAUCAGCAGCACGACACGCCGCGCAUCAGGAGUCAAUCUGUGAGUCACAAGGCGUCCGUGGGACGCAAUCUGGCCAGAUCCAACAGCGUGCAGACGCCGUGCUCGUCGCGCGAGUGGCGAGAGCCCAACAGCACUUCGACGCCGAGGAAGGGCGCAUCGCCGCCCAAGGAGACCAACCAUCGCAGCGGCGGCGGCGGGAAGAAGAGGAGCAAUCUCAUCACCUGCGACUCCUCGGCGCUGACGCCGCGAUCGGAGCGAGCGAGACUGCUGCCCAGUCACUCGUCCAUUAACGAUCUGCAGAAUCUGCACCCCAAAGAGUCCGCCGGCGAGGCCAUGGUCUCGGGCUCCAACAGCGACGACGAGGCGUCGUCCGUGGACUCCUCCUCGGCCGCCUCGUCGAGCUGCGGCGAGGAGAGCAGCAGCAAUUCGGCGUCGCCCAUGAAUCGGCGCCUUCGCCUGGGCGACUUCGUGAUGCAGAAGAUUGUGGCGAGUCUCGGCCAGGAGGCGGAGGGCGCGACGCCCAUGGAGGUGACUUGGUCAGAGGAUGGGGAGCAGUAUCCGUCGGAGUCGGUUGUUUGACAGGAUGACAGCUUCUAGGCUCGAGAGGCGCCGCCGUGAGUCUGAGCAGCUUCUCUCAAGCGUCGAUUUCUCAUAAUUUGCGCGCGCUUUCUUCUCGAAUGUUGGCGCAAAACCCGCGACACUGCAUGAAUCCGUGUUGUACAAUUGAAUUUUGACUAUGAAAUAUAUUGCAGGCAACGCAGUUGCAUAGGAAUUUGUCAUUCAACCCUUGCUCAUUGGACAGAGAACCGCGCAGUUGUUGAAUAGAAACUAACAAAGAGAGCAUGAGAAAUAGUCCACAAAAGUGUGAAAAAAAUGUAUGUGAGAUAUUAAGUAUAUAAUUUCCACAGUUAAGAGAUACCGAAGGAGAAGAGAAUCAUAAUCAAAUUUGUUGAAUUGUUUUUGUCAUUGUUUUUGCUCUGGAUUUAAUUUCUUGAGAAGAUUUAUGAAAAAAAAAUCCUUUUUACUCUUAAGCUACACUCAUGAGAUAAUCUAUUUGCAAGAAAAGAUAGUACGUGUUUAAGAUGAGAGCGAGAGAGAGAGAGAGAGAAAUGGAAAGAAAUAAUAUAUAUGAAGUCUUUUGAAUGCAUUUGUUGUGAAGGAAUGAAGAUGAAGAAAAAAAAACUGAAUAAGAAAUCUAUUAAUUAUUUGUAACUGUCACUAAGAAUGAGAUAAAAUCUAAUGAAAUUACUAUGAAUGUAAACUAGUUUGAUUGAGAGAUAAAUUAAAAAGAAACAGUUGAAAUAUUCCAUGAAAAAAAUAUCAAA